AUGGAGUACUUAUCAUGUUGCUCUCCAAACUUCUUCUUUUACAUAGCAGUGAUUAUCUUGAUCGUGUGUUUUGCUGGAAUGAUGUCUGGACUUACACUCGGCCUCAUGUCAAUGAGUCUUGUAGACCUUGAAGUUCUUGCUGCAUCAGGAAAUCCCAUGGAUCGACUCCGUGCCUCAAAAAUCUUGGCAGUUGUCAAGAGACAUCAUUUACUUCUUUGCACUCUCUUGAUCAGCAAUGCUACUGCCAUGGAGGCACUUCCUAUAUUCUUGAACAAAUUAGUCCCAGAAUUGGGUGCUAUUAUCAUUUCAGUGACAUUGAUUCUUCUCUUCGGGGAGAUAAUACCACAGUCUAUAUGUACACGUUAUGGCCUAGUGAUUGGUGCAGCCGUGACUCCCAUCGUUCGUGUUCUUGUUUGGGUUUGGUUACCUGUAGCCUACCCGAUAAGCAAGGUGCUAGAUUGCAUACUUGGGAAGGGACACGUUACUCUGUUUCGUCGAGCUGAACUGAAAACAUUAGUUGAUUUUCACGGCAAUAAGGCUGGGAAAGGUGGAAGUUUGACUCUCCACGAGACAACCAUUAUUGGAGGAGCACUUGAACUUACCUCAAAAACAGCACACGACGCCAUGACUCUUCUAUCAGAAGCAUUUUCAAUCGAUGUCAAUUCCAAGUUAGAUAAGCUUUUAAUGAAUCUGAUUAUAGACAAGGGUUAUAGCAGGGUGCCAGUAUACUACGAUCAACCGGCAAAUAUAAUCGGAGUUCUUUUAGUAAAAAAUCUAUUGACCAUCAAUCCAGCAGAUUGUGUGCCUAUAAAAAAUAUUACUCUUCGCCUCAUUCCAAGAGUCUCAGAGACAAUGCCAUUAUACGACAUACUAAAUGAGUUCCAGAAAGGUCUAAGCCACAUGGCUGCAGUCAUACAACAACCGAGUCAAACACUCCAGCGGUCAACCAGCAAGCGAUCAAGUGAAGUGAGAGUGGAUAUUCUAAAUGAAAGCAAUGAAGGUUUGAGAAGCAGAACAUUUAACAAGUUUAAGUCGAAUUCUGGAAGUGGGAACGUGUCACGUGUAGACUCUUCCAAGAGCAGAAGAUGGUCGGAUAAGUUUUUGCCAGAGGUUCUUAAUCUAACAGAGAAACCAUUUUCUUCAUUCAGACAAGAAGGGGAUGUUAUAGGCAUCAUCACAAUGGAAGAUGUUAUGGAAGAGCUCCUAAAAGAUGAGAUUUUCGACGAAACAGAUCAUCAUAAUGAAUAA